CGCACUUCCGCGUCCGCUUUUAGUUAACAGCAUUUCGGGGGUCGGAGUGGAGGAGUGUGGGUUCCGUCGGGUUCUACGUGCCGGGUCCGCUCGGUGCCGGCAUCUUCGCCUUCCCUGGCGCGUCGUCAGCACCCGAGCCCCUACACUCCGUCCCAGUGGUGGCUGGUCCCUCCCUGACCUGGGGCUCGGGCGUGCGGGCCUCGCGGAAGCCGCCCGCGGUGGCUGCUCAGACUUCCAGACCCCUGGUCCAGACCCCAGCCCACGGAAGCGGGAUCCUCUUUCCCACCGUAAAGAAUUGGCGCAACAGCCUCUUGCACACGGUGCUGACGUUUCUGCGCUUGGGUUCCUCUCUUUCCCUGGGUGGAGAUCCAGGAGUGGUCUCGGUCGGCAUCACCCAUCGGAACACUAUUUUACUCCCAAUCCGCAGCCAGCAACCCAUGUCCCUCCUCUCCACAGGCAUCUUUCUCGGGGGCGUUAAUGUCAUGGUCCCUGUAAGAGCUUUUUAAGCUUCUAAGGUUCUUGCUUUUCCAAACGCAGAAGACAGUGUACGAAGCCAGGGGACAUCAGCCAUGCUCCAAACAACUUGGCCUCAGGUGAGGGACGUUGCAGCUGCUUCCAGGUGCCGGCAGUGAUGAACACAGCUGCUGUGAACUUGUGUCUGCAGGUCUUCGUGUGGACAUAAGUUUUCAGCUUGUUUGGGACGAUCACCAAGGAGCAGGACUGCUGGGUGACAUGGAGCCAGUGACCUUUGAGGAUGUGGCUGUGCACUUCACACAGAAUCAGUGGGUCAGCCUGGACUCUGCGCAGAGGGCCCUGUACCGGGAGGUGAUGCUGGAGACGUACGCAAAUGUGGUUGCCCUGGUUGCAUUUCCGGUCCCCAAACCUGCUCUGAUCUCCCAGCUGGAGAGAGGGGAAGCACCCUGGGGCCCGGACCCCUGGGCAGCAGAGGUGUGGAGUUGCAUCCGUCCAGGCGGUGAGUCCCGGAUCGAGGAUGACGAGCCAACAGUAAAGCAGGAACCCUCUGGAGAGACAGAGCAGGCCAGGCAGCCGGGAGGCGGACUUCCUAGAAAUAUUUCCGAGCCCCUUGAUUUUCAAAGCAAAGCCCCAUGGCAGACUUUCGGUCUGAACCCAAAUCCGAUCCUUCGAGGGGGCAUGAAGUUCUACCAGUGCAGCGUGUGUGGGAAACUCUUCAGGUACAAUUCGAAGCUCAUUCGGCAUCAGAUGAGUCACACGGGGGAGAAGCCCUUCAAGUGCAGGGAGUGCGGCAAAGCCUUCAAGUCCAGCUACGACUGCACUGUGCACGAGAAGAAUCACGCCGGGGCGGGGCCCUAUGAAUGCAAGCAGUGCGGCAAAGGUCUGAGUUCCAACACGGCCUUGACUCAGCACCAGCGGAUCCACACCGGGGAGAAGCCCUACGAGUGCAGGGAGUGCGGCAAGGCCUUCCGGAGGAGCGCGGCCUACCUGCAGCACCAGAGGCUGCACACUGGGGAGAAGCUCUACAAAUGCAAGGAGUGUUGGAAAGCCUUCGGCUGCAGGUCGCUCUUCCUUGUGCACCAGAGGAUCCACACCGGGGAGAAGCCCUACCAGUGUAAGGAGUGUGGCAAGGCCUUCACGCAGAAGGUGGCCUCCAUCCAGCAUCAGAGAGUUCACACCGGGGAGAAGCCCUACGGAUGCAAGGUGUGUGGGAAAGCCUUCAAGUGGUACGGCAGUUUCGUCCAGCAUCAGAAAUCACACCCCGAGGGGAAAAAGCCGGUCCCGGCGAGUCCCCAGUGCCCUGCUUCAGCCCCGUCACCGGGUCCCCUCCAGAGCCUCUGCCCAGCUCCCGCCAUGGCAGUGCCUUCACUGACCUUUCCUCGGGCUGUGCUGCUGCCUCCGUCUGGGCCUCUGUUCCUGCUGCUGCCCACGUCUGCGAUGCCUUCGCCACCUGUGCAGAUAGUACGCGUCUUCCAGAGCCCCCCUCCCCCCAGCAAGCCUUUCCCGGUUACCCUCAUCCCCUCUCAGCCCCCGUGAGCGGGAGCUUCACCUUGCCACACCUGCGGCUCUCACGCCCAGCACCUCUCCAACCUAAUUUGAGUUUCUAUUGUAAUUUUCUCCCUCACUUUACAUGUGUUUCAACUGCUUCAGCAUACACUUCAUUGUAAUCUAUAUAUUCAAAGACCGUGUUCAAACGUUUUCUUCGGGAAAUGGAAGUACUUGACCUUGGCAUUGGCCCCUCUCAGGCUUGAACAGUGAUAGCUGUAUCUGCACUGUGUGGGGCUGUAUCUGCAUUUAGAAGGGAUGUUAGAGAAGUUUGGGAGAGAACACACAGGCCAUGAGAACAGCCCGAGAAAAGGAGUAGAGGGUUAGGAUAAAUUUGCAACAGCAGACUUUAGAAAUUCAUGCAGGUUGUUUAGUGGCCUGAGAUGGUGUAUGGACGCCAUUGAAGUUCACUGCCCUCGCCCCAGACCCCUGAGGCCCUCACAGGUCUAUGCAGCAGCUUGGGUGCAGUAACCAGUGGGGGAGAAUAUGUACGGGUGCCAGCAAUCAUCCUACGGUUGGCAGUGAUCAUCUCUUGAAUUGUGCAGGUUUGUUCCUUAGUCUUGCUCUUUGUGUUGAGAUUUACUUUUUAACUUUAGUUUUCUAAGUAAAUACACACCAAGGCAUUCACUUUUGUUCCAUUCA